AUGAUAAUUCUCUUUAUUAUAAUCACUCUAACUCGUCAAACUAUCAUUAAUGAGUUUAAUGCUAAUUCUUAAGCAAGAGAUGGUAAUUUCUUUAUUUUUACUUUAGGAUGGGAAGGUAGUUCUAAUUUCAAUACUUGUGGAGAGAUUCAAUUUUUUGGGUCACCUAAUGCUUAUAGUUAGAUUAGCAGAAUCUUUUUGGAUCUAGAACCUCAUUCUCAUAUUAUAGUGGAUGCACAAUAUCUAAGGUAUUUAAUAUUUUUCAUUGCAAAGUAUUGGUGCCUUUUAUUUAAUUUAAUUCUAUAUAGACUUGCAAUUAUAAAAUAUUGUGUAAGUGAUAUCAUCUUAAAGUUCGAUAUGUAGUGGCAUAGACCCUACAGAUUUGUAUACUAUUUCUAUUACUAAUUAACAUAAUAGAGGAACUCUUUGGAUUAAUAUUUAAGAGUAACCUGGAGGAUUAAUAUCAUUAAAGUUAAGUAUCAUUAAAUGUUAGUAUGAAUGUGCUGGAUGCAUUGAAAAUUAUGAUACAAUUUGUUUAUAAUGGAAACUACAUUAAUAUUCAUUUAAUUAGAAAUAGUUCACGUACUCCGAUGGAUGGACUUUUUAAUCAAGUUCUAUUACAUCUUACUAGUAUUGUGGAAAUUGUUAAUUUUUGGGCUUUUAAUAAAUUAAAUACUAAACUUAUCUACCUCCUCAUUAAGAUAUAUUAAUAAGGUUUUUUAAAUUAGAUCCAUUUAUAAUGAUAGUAGACUAUAUAUAUGAUAAAUUAACUAUUAAUGCUGAAUAUUUAAUAGAAAUAUUAAUAAGAAAUCAUCGUGAUCCGAUAUUAUAACUGAAUAUUUAUUCUGCAUUUUAUAAUGAUAUAAGAGAUUUUGAACUAUUUUAUACUGAACCAGAAAUAACAUUUAUGAAUUUGAAUGAAGGUUGUUUAGAAUAAAUAAAUGAUAAAUGUUUAAUUUGUUAAGAAGGUUGGAUUUAAGAUGAAAUUCUACAAAAUUGUCAUCCAAUUUGUGGAGAUGGAAUCAUUCAAGGUUAAGAAUAAUGUGAUUAUAUAAUAUCUAAUCAUUCUUGUAUUCAAUGCAAAUAUUCUUGUGUUCAAAAUUGUUAAAUUUGUUAAUUUGGAAUUUGUUUAUAAUGCAUAGAUGGAUUUAUAAUUAAUUCAAAUUUUANAUUCUUUCAAUCAUUCUAUAAAGAAAUAAAAAUAACAUUCAUAUAAAUUGCAUUGCAUUUAAAAUUGAUAAAUUACUUUCUAAGAUAUAUAUUUACUAAUAAAUAUAUUAUUGUAGAAAGUUUAGAAGAAGAAAAGAGAAGAGAAGAAUUAAUUUAAUUCUAAAAUAAUCUAGUCAUUAAAAUUUGUUAAAAAUAGUUAUAUUGA